AUGGUCAAACUUGCCAACGCCCUCACGACUCUCGGCCUGCAAGCCCUUGUCGCCUACGCACUCCCCGAGGCAUGCAGCGGCGUAUGCAACAACUCCCACGACCCCUCCAUCAUUCGCCGCAAUGACGGCACCUAUUUCCGCUUCUCGACCGGCGGCAAGAUCGCCAUCCACACCGCGCCGAGCCUGACUGGGCCGUGGGCAUACCAGGGCGCGGCACUGCCCAGCGGGUCGUCCAUCAACUUGGCCGGGAACCAGGAUCUCUGGGCCCCUGACAUCUCCCUCGUGGGCGACCAGUACUACCUCUACUACUCCGUCAGCACGUUCGGCGUGCAAGACUCAGCCAUCGGGGUCGCCCGUUCGUCUUCUCUCGACGCCGGUACCUGGACCGACCUGGGUUCGACAGGCGUCGUGUCGAGCGCGGGCGCCGCGUAUAACGCGAUCGACGGCAACUUGAUCAACGAGCCGGGCACGAGCAAUUACUUCCUGACGUUUGGCAGUUUCUGGAACGGCAUCCACCGCGUGCGCGUGACGCCGACGCAGACACACGGGAGCGUCUACCAGGUCGCGUUUGACCCCAGCGACACGGCCAUGGAGGGACCGACGGUGUUUAAGAAUGGGGACUACUACUAUCUCUUCUUCUCCAAGGGCUCGUGCUGCGGGUACGACGCGAACAGGCCGGCGGCUGGGAAGGAGUACCGCAUCAUGGUGUGCCGGUCGAGUGCGGCCACGGGGCCGUUUGCCGAUAAAAACGGCAAGUCGUGUCAGUCGGGAGGGGGAACACUGGUUCUUGGGUCCCACGAUUGGGUGUAUGGGCCAGGGGGUCAGGGGGUCUAUCAGGACCCGACGAACGGGCCGGUCCUGUACUACCACUACGUCGACACUCGAAUCGGCUAUGCGGACGGCCAGAAGAAAUUUGGAUGGAACAAGAUUGACUUCUCCAGUGGGUGGCCGGUUGUUUGA